GUCUGGUUCCUGUCAAGCUCUCUUCCUCAUUCCAUCUCAGGGAGUUUUUCUUUGCGACGUUCAUUAGGUACAUCCCAAUUUGAGCUCUUUUCUCUGUAAAGUCACUUUGGGACAAUAUAUUGUUAACACAAUAUAUUGUUUAUAGGCUCCUGACUUGGUCCUCACCAAGAUAAUACACUUAAUCUGUGGGCUAAUACGACUUUAAAGGCUUGAUGGGCACCCAAAAGUAUGUUUUUGUACCUUAAAUAGGGUUUCAUGUCAUAAGAUUUGUUAAAAUCAUGUCGAUCGACGGCGUUUUCCAGUUUCAUCUUCUUUUGAUUUCAGAAGCAGACGUACAGCAAAUCCCAAAUGGCAUUUAAGGAGCCCUAGAUGGGACAAAACACGAACCCUUACAUAGGGCUCCUCUGUGUCCAAUAGAAAGGCGCUAGAAGUCCAGCCAAUGGUAGAGUGGAGUGCGCAAGGGGAACUCAAGUGGGCGCGAGUUUUGCACUAGAGUUGUCGUGCGUCCCGGGGAACGCGGUUGCGUGCCACCCCGCGGUGGAGUCGCGUGCGUCCGAAGCGUGGCAUGACUCCUCGAGUUGGGCACGCGUGUGCGCUCAGAUGGGUGAAAGAAGGACGUGUCGGUGGUGACUGAGAGGACUGGAGGGAGUGUGCGUGCGUGUGCCUUUUGUGUUUGUUAGUUCGUUCGAGCAGCCGGUUAUGGAAAUGAGCGUGCGCAACUCGCAUCUGGACAGCAAAGCGGACGGGCUCGGGGACCGCAACGGCGACACGAUGGACAUCACGGUGUCGCUCUCGCACCCUGGCAAGCGAAUGAGCCCGAUCGAGGGCGGCAGUCUGUACCGCCUCAGAGACCGAAAGUUCCUGCUGGAGGACAAGCGGCGGCUUUGCGCGUGCGCCCUCGGUGCCGCUCUCCUGGGAAUUCUGCUCAUGAUCCUGCACGCCGAGCUCUGUCCCGCCGUUUACAUGCCGGGCUCCAUCUAUGCCCUCUGCAUAAAUUGCCUCAUCAGUUUCUCCACUGGCUGUCUGCUAAUCCUAAUCAUUGCCUUCCAUUAUAAAGACAUUCGGCUCUUCAUCAUAGACCACAACCAGGUGGACUGGCGCAUUGCCAUGACCACCAACCGUGUGCUUUGCAUUUCUCUGGAGCUCCUGGUCUGUGCCCUCCACCCAGUAGGCAUCUACUUGGGCCCCUUGACUUCAGCAACAAACUCUUCCUCCUCCUCCACUCUGCCCACGGUUUCAACGCCAUUGUGCCUCUGUAGCAGUCCCAUGGAGGCAUGGCUGGAGUUAGAGCUACUGCUAUCAGCACUGAUGUUUUUGCGCCUGUACCUGGUGCACCGGGCCAUUCUGCUUCACAGCAAGGUGCUGCUGAGUGCCUCUUACAGGAGUAUCGGCUCACUCAACAACAUCAACUUCACGUUCCGCUUCGUUCUCAAGGUACUCAUGAACAAGUACCCGGCACGCACGCUCCUGGUUUUUAUCAUGCUCUUCUGGUUUACCUCUGCCUGGAUGCUUCGGCUGUGUGAAAGACAGGCCCAGGUGGAAACAGGCAGUAUGGGUACAGCUCUCUGGCUCAUUGCGAUCACCUUCCUUACAGUAGGUUAUGGAGACGUGUCUCCCACAACCACCUGCGGCAAAGUGGUCUGCCUCUUCGCAGGCGUCAUGGGUGUGGCUUGCACAGCUAUGUUAGUUGCAGUUGUGACGAAGAAGCUGGCACUAAACAAAGGAGAGAAACAUGUUCACUUCUUCAUGAUGGAUAUCCAGAUCUCUAAAGAGAUCCGCAACGCAGCUGCAAACGUGCUGAGGGAAUGCUGGCUUCUCCACCGCACCACACAGGCCAGGGACAAGCACAGCGAGCACCGACGCCACCAGAGAUGCCUGCUGGAAGCCAUCCGAAUAUUUCGUCAUCUGCGGCUGAAGCAGAGGAAACUGAGGGACUACACAAGUGAGAUGGUGGACCUCUCUAAGAUGCAGAUGAUCAUGUGUGACCUGAGUGCCAACUGGAACAACUCAUACCGAGAACUGGAGCAGCGCAUCAUCUCUAUGGAGCAGAAGCUGGAUGAGUUGGGCCAGUCAUUCCAGAGCACUUCUGAGCUUCUGAGCCAAGCACUGCAGCGCCGCCACCUUGUCCACAGGUGACAUGUGGCAUAGUUCUCCUCUGAAACGCUACAGUGGAGGCUCAGAUCAAAACUGCACAAAGCUACUUGGAUCAGCAUGAAUAGAGGACUUAUGAUUAAUUUUUUCACAAACCUCCAGGGCUGCAGUGGCUGCAUGGACUUUCCAAACAGAAAGAUUACUGUUUUUGGAUAUGUGAUUAUGAGAAAAAUCAAAUGUAUUUAUGCCAAUAUUUAUGUGUGUCUAUAGCUACAUCACUGAAAAAAACAACAACAGGGAUGGGGUUCAGUGUUUGAUGCUUUGAAGGUUUAGUGAAACUGUGUUUCUAUGUAAAUUCCUUGUUACUUUAAAUGACAAAGUGAUCAAAGCUUUUGAGCCCACUCCAGCAGGUCCAUUUUAGGGCCAGUUCAGUCCAAUUAGGCCAAAAGUCUACGACCAAGAACUGUUUUUAUUUCGUCAGUUAUCAUUAAUAGAUUUGCACCCGUUUGAAAUCAUGUAGGAUCUUGAAAUCUAGCCGGCUAUCCUGUUUGAUUACCACUGCAUUCAUUGAAAUUGUUGUAACGCUACACAUUUCCUUUAGUGCGGCAUGUUAUAUACCCUUCAUUGAUUCAGUUACUAUGGUCCUCUAAGUUUGUGGGUUGAACUCCAGGCAUGGCAUGAAACCAAACUAAAAAAAAAUAUUUGAAUUGUAAACAGAUUUCGUAAGUUUGGUUCAGGAGUCUAUAUUUUAGUCUUCAUGGAUUUCCAGGCAACCCAUAGCAUCUUUUUAAAUCCUAUCUGUGCUUAAAACAAUGGAAAACAAAACGAUAUAUAUUUUUGGCAAAACAGACUAUGAAUUUGAUGUUUUAAAAUACUGCACUUCAGAUUCGACAGUUGUAGAUACAUAAAAAAAUAGCUGUGGCUAUUAAAUGUUACCUCAGAGUUGGAUGUCUUUGGAUUCUGUAGAUGUAACUAGGAGACCCAAACCUGAUCCAGCAUGACAAUGCCCGUGCACAAAGCCAGCUCCAUGAACAUAUGCUUUACAUGGGUUGGAGUGAAAGAUCUCGCUAUAGAGCUCUGAUCUUAAGCUUAAUGAACACCUUUGGGAUUAAUUGGAACGUUGAAUGCACCCCAAAGGUCCUCACCUCACCUACACCAGUACCCGAAUUUAAUGAAACCCUUUUUUCUAAACAAGCACAAAUCUCCACAACCACACUGCAAAAUCUUGUUUGUCCCCAAAGAUAAAAAUAAAGACACCACUGUAUCUGUAGAACCACUUUCACCAAUUACCUAUAACAUAUUAGUAAAGAAUGCUAUAAUCUUGUCCGAGACAUAUAAUUUGACAAAAAUGUGUUAGGUAUUUUUUUUCCCAAAACUGUGGAAAUAAAAAUAGUUCUUGUAACCACAA